GAACAACUUCUAACCUUAAGGCUAUGUGGUUAAGGCUUUGUUUUGCAUGAUAUUGUGAAGCGCUUAUUAUUGUUACAACAGAAGUUUUCAAGAAAAUAUUAUAAAUUAAUUUUAGAGACACAACAACGCAAUUGAUAAGCUUUUAAUACAUACUUGCUGAACAUAAACAAAAUACAAAUGGCAGAUAACGUGGACAGUGAUCUGCUUUAUGAUGAUUUUCAAGAUAAUGACCGAAAAGAAUUUAACGAUGAAAAUUACGAUCAAGGUGACGAUCUCUACGAUGAUGUCUUAUCAACUUCGAACAACAUCAGCAAUAAUGACAAUAAUGCAUCGCAAGAGCACAAUGUUGAGACAGAAACUAAUGGAAGUUAUCAAGGAAAUAUGCAUCAUAUCGCGCGUCGCUUUCAACUUUAUAUUGGAAACUUAACUUGGUGGACAACUGAUCAAGAUAUUCAAGAUGCUGUCGCCGGAAUCGGCGUAAAUGACUUUCAAGAAGUUAAAUUCUUUGAGAAUCGAGCUAAUGGUCAAUCAAAAGGCUUUUGCGUUAUAACGCUUGGAUCUGAACCAAGCAUGAGAAUUGUCAUGGAAAAUUUACCAAAGAAAGAACUAAAUGGACAAAACCCUGUUGUAACACUUCCAACAAAACAAGCGUUGAAUCAAUUUGAGAGUCAACAAAAAACACGUCCAACGCCCCCGGCACCGCCAAAUAAUCAAAAGCCUGGCAUGGGUGGUAUGGGCAUGGGAAUGGGUGGAAUGCCAAUGGGACAAAAUAUACCACAACACAAUAUGAAUCCACAGAGAAUGAUGAAUCCGAACCCUAUGAUGAGAGGACCGAAUCCAAUGAUGCAAAAUGCUCCAAUGCAGAAUCCUAUGCAACAGCGAAUGCCGGGCAAUGGCCCUCCUCCUAUGAAUCAUCCCAAUGGCCCACCAAUGAAUCAACAAAUGCCUCCUCGCUUCCAAAAUAAUUGGAAUGGCCCUCCAAGAGGACAAAUGGGCCCGAAUGGAAUGGGACCGAAUCGUCCACCUAUGAAUAUGAAUCCAAUGAAUAUGAAUCAACGUCCCAUGGGAAUGAAUAUGCCACCGCGUGGUCCAAGACCUGACUGGAACAAUCGUCCGCCAAUGCAUCCAGGAAAUUUCAAUCCGCCACAACAAGGUAUGAACAUGCCACCAAGAGGACCGCCUCAAAUGCCGCUUAAUCAACCUGCACCACAUGUCAAUCCUGCUUUCUUCAACCAAAAUAACAUGGGACAAGGUCCACCAAUGCAGCAAAGUAUGGUUGGUGCUCCACAACAUUUUAAUCAGCAGGGACCACGUCCGGGUAUGUGGCCUGUUAGUGGACCGAAUAAAAUGCCAGGCCCGAGUUUUGAUGUGUCUCAAGCAAAUUCUCAACCGCCAGUAAGUGAAGCUGAGUUUGAAGAGAUUAUGGGACGUAAUAGAACUGUGAGCAGUUCAGCCAUAGCACGAGCUGUAAGUGAUGCUGCUGCAUGUGAAUAUGCAAGCGCAAUUGAGACUUUAGCUACUGCAAUUUCCUUGAUAAAACAGUCGAAAGUGGCAAAUGAUGAACGUUGCAAGAUUCUCAUUACAUCUUUACAAGAUACACUCCAAGGAAUUGAAGCGAAAAGCUUCAAUCGACGAUCGGAAAGGUCGAGAUCGCGUGAAAGACGACGACGAAGGGAGAGAUCAAACUCGAGGACUUACAGACGCUCAAGAAGCAGAGAACAUCGUGAACAUCGUGAACGAGGAAGAGAUGAUCGCUAUUAUGGCAGUGAAAAUUACCAUAGCAGUAGUCGAGAAAACCGCGAAAGAUCGAGAUCUAGAGAACGGGGAAAUGCUGAACAUUACCGUGGUGAUGAAAGCAGCAGUCGACGCCCACGCAAAUCACCUGAAGCCGGCGAUUCUAAUUCCGAAAACUUCAAACGAUCAUAUGAAGAAAGAAAUCGCGAUUCGGAUAGAUAUCGUGGCUCAGACAGAGAACGAGAAACAAGAACUCGCCACUAAACUGAGUUAGAAAAUUUUACGAAGAAAACAAAUCAAUUUCUUUUCUCGUUUAUAAAGUAAUUAGCAUUAAGCACUUUAAUAUUUAAAAUUUUCUUAAUUGAUAAUUUGAAUAUUUCGCAAGACAAAAAUAAAAUAUAAUCUAGAUGUGAGUGAACGAUUAAUAAAAUUGCAGAAAUGAUUCAAAACGAGACAGGAGUAGAAUGAGAGCUUUUAUUAUUAUAAAUUUAAUUUAUUUAUUUAUAUUGUGGAUUGUGGUUGAGAAAGUCAAAGGUACAUCGUUUCGGACCGUAAAUCAGAAGGAAAGGGAAACUUUUUCACUCUUUCUGUUCUAUAAAAUUGAAUAAAGUUGAACAGAAACUUCUUCAUGAACAUUUGUAAUUUUGAUCUCACGCAAAUUUAUAUUUGGGAAGAUCGAAAAUGAGGUCAUUGACCAAUUGUAAUAAUUUUCAAAUUCAUCCUGAAAA